AUGCCGACCCCCAAACGGCGAAUGCCCAUCAGUUGCGAGCCGUGCCGUGGGAGGAAGAUUCGCUGUCUCCGCGCCAAGGACUCGGCUGGCUGCUGCGAGACGUGCAUUCGUCGCGGCAUUCCCCCUUCGCAGUGCGUAUUCCUGGGCUACCAUCACCACUAUCUUCAGCCUGCUGGCGAGCGCUCCAGCGACGACCCAAGCAACGGCGAACUGCUCGCGCGAAUUCGCGACCUCGAACACCUCGUCCGCGGCCAGGCUGCCAACUCUCCCAGCCCGCCCAUCCCAAGUGUCCACAAUGGCCUCACGCCCAGUACGCAGGCCAGCAGCAGUCUAGGUCCCGGCAGUAACGGCUACAAGAGCGAGACCGAAGAGUCUGCGAUGCCUGCGCAGCUAACCCCGCCUAUGUAUGAGUCGUCACGCCCUCAGCAUGCCUCCUACGGGACCCUGUCCAUGUCGGACCGUGGCCAUGUCCAGUUCAACCCGCAUGGGUCGCAGUGGAGCUCUGUAUUGAAGGACGACUCUACCACUGUGGCCUCGGUUGCCAAUUUCGAGUACGACGAUGACGAAAGUGCUGCUGAUUUCCCAUUCAACUUGGCUGCGUGCACCAAGCCCGAGGACCUUCUCGCGGCGCUGCCGCCUGUGCGCCAGUGUGAUGCAUUGAAAAACGCAUAUUUUGACGUCUUUGCGCCGCUAUUCCAUAUCCUCCACAACCCAACUUUCCACAAGGAAUAUAUCUCUUUUCAAAAAGAGCCCGAAUCAGCCCCGCUCUCUUGGCUAGCUCUUUUAUACGUUAUUCUCAGCAUCUCAGUUACCGCGCUCGAUGACAACGACCCCAUUCUCCACGAUCUCGGUCGCAAAAAGACUAGCGGCCAAAACGCUUCGGUGCUGAUGCUUCGGUAUAGAAAUGCCGCCAUGCAGUGCCUUUCCGCCGACCGGUAUCUUUUCAGGCAUAAUAUGUACACGAUCCAGGCUCUAGUCUUGUUGAUAUAUGGCAUUAACCACACACACGGUAAAACUUGGGCGCUCCUCGGUGUUGCGUACAAUAUCGCUACCGCGUUGGGGUGCCAUAUCGAUCCUGCGCAUUUCACCACCCUCAGUGCUAUACAAUGCGAAGAGCGUCGCCGCUGUUGGGCAGGUCUGAUGAUGCUAUACACAAUUCAAAACAUUAGCAUGGGCAAUUUUGAACAGCGGCAUAUCAAGGCCGACGUUCAACUUCCUGCCAAUAUCAACGAUGAGGAUCUCACAGACCUAGAAGUAAGCGACAACUCCCACAGCAUCGCUUCAAUAUCUGUUGAUGCGCCAACACAAAUGUCUUAUGUUCUUUUCAAAUUUCGGCUGUAUCAUUUGUGUUCAAAAGUUUGCAACCAGAUAUUUGGACCUACACACCCGACGUACUCAGCAGUCCUUCAGUGCGAUGCUGAAAUAGCUGCCGAACAAGACUCUUGGACUGACCGAUAUCUCACCGAGUCGCAAACCGGAAAUAUAUUGACAUAUCACCAUGUUCAUUUGAAUAUUCUCUACGGCUAUUCUCAUCAGAUGUCUUUGCUGUUGCACCGGCCUGUGCUCUUGAACCGUUCAUCCGCCGGAUACACUGACGAUGAGGUGAAACGUUCUCGGGUCCAGUGUCUCAAAAGCGCUCGUGGGUUGCUGGGAUUGCAACAGAUGUUCCAUGAAUCUGCCCAAUUCCAGCCAUAUAGAUGGUACAGUCUAGGCUUGGGUAGUUUCUACGCCUUCCAUGCUGCUAUCAUUUUGGUCACCCUUCUCCCAGAGGUGAAGGACGAGGUCGAGUAUGUAGAGAACCGACGACUUCUUGAAGUAUCGCUUUCCAUUUUCGAGCAGACGAGAAAUCGUAGUCGAAUGUGCGCCAAAGCAGCCCCAAUUCUACGGCAUCUUCUUUUCCCGACCCCGCCGUUGUCAUUCGGUAGCUCCUCUACUGAAAGUAUACAGCCAAACGCACCACCCAUGCCCGUCCCCGAUUAUCCGACUCAAAUGGAGGUCCUUAUGACCCAGUUGCAGCCUCAACAAUGGCUCAGCCAGCCAUCAAUGAGCUGGGAUGGCUUUUAUACUAGUUUCGCCAAAAAUAUUUUUGAAGUGAUCGUUGUGAAAGCGGCCAUUAUACCGAGAAUGCGAGGAAACCAUAAAACUCCUGUGUAUGCGAAGGAUGACCUUUCACUGCCACGCGCACACUUUAUAUUUUCGGAAAUCGGAAGUCGGAAAUCGGCACCGUCCAGCCAGUACUGGUAUUCAGCCUUUGCGGGGUUGUCGAGAUCCAGCAUCAAGAUGACAGAAGAUAGGAAAACUUGCCCCUUGCACAGUCGACGGAUAUGCUCGAACCACACGGCCAUUGGAUGGAACAGUCGGAGGUUUGGAAUUCUGCGGGUCGGACAGAAGUCCGACGCUGCAACAAUAACAUCUCCACAACUGCGAUUGGGCGACCUGGUGACUACUUUAAAUCAACCUAUUCCUCGCUUACACAUUCAUGUGAAGGAGCUUCACCCUACCUUUGGUGCAGAAAUAAGUGGUGUCGACUUUUCAGUUCCAGUCGCUGAUGAGAUAUUCCGUGACAUUCUGGCUGCUGUGACACUAUAUGGAGUCGUCGUGUUUCGAAAAACUAGUCUCAACGAUGAUAGCCAUGUCGCAUUUGCUAGACAGUUUGGACGCCUGGACGACGUCAAGCCUUACGUCAAAGCUGGACGGCCAAACCGGCUCAAACACGACGAGCUUUUUGACGUUAGCAAUGUUGAGAUGGACGGCUCAUUGCUGGACCCGGAAAGCCCAAGAGGCCAAGCUGGCAAAGGGAAUGGUCUUUUCCACGUCGAUUCCAGUUUUAAUCCACGACGAGCGGGAUACUCGCUGCUACUAGCUCAUGAGCUCCCUCCCCCAGGGGCUGGGACUGGUGGCCAAACGGCAUUUGCAGACACACGAACAGCGUUUGCCGAUUUAUCAUCCAACAUUAAAGAAUCGCUCCUGAAAAAUGACUAUGUGGCAGCACAUUCAAUCCACCAUUCCCGCAAACUUGCAGCACCGGACUUCUUUGCUGAUAUGAAUCCUCUCGACCACCCAAUGGGGCGACACAAACUUGUCCAGCGACACGAAGCAUCGGGCAGGAUGAAUUUGUAUAUUGCGGCGCACAUACAUCACAUCGAAGGGCUAAGUGAGACCGAAUCUGCCGACCUACUGCGCAAUCUAUUCACCCAUGCAUCCCAGGACAAAUAUGUGAUGGAAGUCCAGUGGCAUAACCCGGGCGAUUUGGUUAUUUGGGACAAUACCUGCACAAUGCACCGAGCUGUGGGAGGUUCAUUUUUGCGCAAGUACAAGCGCGACAUGAGGCGGGCGACUGUGCACGAUAAAAGUUCUUACGCGUGGGGAUUGAAUGAACAUACCGAUGAAAGACAAGGCCUGCCAUAG